AUGGUUUCAGCAUACACCAGCAACGGCUCCGAGGGCGAGACGGAGAAGAUCAACACCAACAUUGUGACGCUCACCCGGUUCUUGACUGAAGAGCAAGUCAAGCACAAGGAGGCCACCGGUGACUUUACGCUCCUCUGCCACGCCCUCCAAUUCUCCUUCAAGUCCAUCGCCUACUACAUCCGCCGCGCCACCCUCGUCAACCUCACCGGCCUCGCCGGCAGCUCCAACACGACAGGCGACGACCAAAAAAAACUCGACGUCAUCUCCAACGACCUCUUCAUCGAGGCCAUGCGCUCGUCGGGUAAAUGCGCCUUGCUAGUGUCGGAAGAAGAGGAGGAAGUAAUCUACUUCAAAGACGCCAAAGACGCGCGCUACGCCGUAGCCUGCGAUCCAAUCGACGGCUCCUCCAACCUCGACGCUGGUGUUUCCGUCGGGACAAUCUUUGCGAUUCACAAGCUGGCUGAGGGGUCGACGGGAACAAAAGAAGACAUCCUCAAGCCCGGGACGGAGCUUGUCGCGGCGGGGUUCACCAUGUACGGUGCGUCCGCCCAGCUGGUGAUUACGAUGAAGGGGGGGAGCGUGAACGGGUUUACGCUGGAUAACGGGGUGGGGGAGUUCAUUCUGACGCAUCCGGACAUGAGGCUGCCGAAGAAGAGGAGUAUUUACAGUGUGAAUGAGGGGAAUAGUUUGUAUUGGGAGGACAAUGUGAAGGAGUAUUUUAAUAGUCUGAAGGAGGCGAAGGAGGAGGGGGGAAAGCCGUAUAGUGCCAGGUAUAUCGGGAGCAUGGUGGCGGAUGCGUACAGGACGUUGCUUUAUGGGGGGGUGUUUGCCUACCCGGCGGACAAGAAGAGUCCGAAGGGGAAGUUGAGGAUUUUGUAUGAGUGUGCGCCGAUGGCGAUGGUUUUUGAGAACGCUGGUGGCCAGGCGGUUGACAGCCAGAUGAGGAGAUUGAUGGAGGUGGUGCCGGAGCAUAUUCAUGACAAGAGUGGAAUUUUCAUGGGCAGCUGGGAUGAGAUUGAGAAGGUCAAGUCCUUCCACAAGUGA